UGGACUGCAAAGAAGUAGAAAAUUGCAAAGAUUGUGUCAGUGUUUCACAACUCCAAGUUUCAAGCUCACAAACACAGCCAAAGAUUAUAAUAGUGAAAUUCUGUUCUUAGGAAUAUCUCCGUGUGAAAAGAUAUCAAACUCUGUCCCGGGACAAGAAAAACAGCUGCCAGAAUAGCAGCACUGAGCUCUUACACUAUGAUGAGUUCUGUGGGUGUUUUCUCACUGAAAGCCUCUGAGGGCAGUAGUGAAAAAAUAGUGAUAAAUGUCAGUGGGGUAAAACAUGAGACCCACAAGAGCACCCUAAUGACCCUUCCGGGCUCCCGCCUUACCCAGCUGGUGGACACUGAGGAGCCUCCUUCAGAGCUGUUUUUUGAUCGCCACCCUGAAGUCUUCACUCACGUGCUGCAGUAUUAUAGAAGCGGGAAGCUGCACUGCCCCACCAACUUGUGCGGCGUGUUGCUGGAAGAGGAGUUUGAUUUCUGGGGUAUCAGCAGCACAGAUGUGGAGCCCUGCUGUUGGGCGGCAUUUCGACAGAACAAAGAUGCUGUAGAGGCUUUGGCUCAGAUUGACCCUUCAGUGAUGGAGAAUGACCAAUCCAGCCACACUAGAGCUUGGCAGCCGAAGAUAUGGGCUCUCUUUGACAAUCCACUUUCAUCCGUUAGAGCCAAGGUCAUUGCGGUCAUAUCUCUGCUCUUCAUCCUGCUCUCCAUCACUGCAUUCUCUCUGCAGACACAUCUGGCUAUAAAUCCUCACCAAAUGUAUGUGGCAUCGGCAGACAACUCAAGCAAGAAUUUCAUCGAGAACCUUUCUGUACUGCCUAGAGUUCUGGAUGCGGUGGAGUUAGUCUGUUUGAUAUGGUUUGUGUUUGAGUUUGUGAUGCGUGCAGUCAGCUGCCCGAGCAAACCGCGCUUCUUCAUGAACGUUAUGAACAUCGUCGACCUGCUGGCCCUCUUCCCCUGGCUCUUCCGGUGGUGUUCAGGGACAUACUGCAUCAAAGCAUUGGGCUUUCUGCAUGUAAUGCGAUGCAUACGCGUCCUUCACGUCUUCAGUCUGAUGCAGCAUGUGUUCGGUGUGAGAGUUCUCAAACACACGCUCCGCGCCAGUGCGACGGCUCUCUGCGCGGUUCCUCUUAUACUCUUCAGCUGCACUCUCAUCUUCGGUGCCAUGGCUUAUUACACAGAAUUAUAUAAUAUUCACUCUUCGUUUACUGACAUUCCCUCCAGUUGUUGGUGGGCAGUGGUCACACUGACCACAGUGGGUUAUGGAGACACGUGUCCCGUAACAGUUCCAGGCAGGUGUGUAGCCGUUCUCUGUGCAAUGGUCGGGGUUCUGCUCAUCAUCCUACCUGUGCCCAUAAUCAUCAACAACUUCUUCAAGUUCAACUCCCUGCUCAAGACAAAGUAUUCAAUGGCCAGAAAGAAGGAGAAGAUCAGUGUCCAUAUGGCCCCCUCGUCUUCCACUUAGAGCUGCUAAAUAAAAACAGAGAAUCUGUGUUGACUGGACAAAGCUCUUAAAAUGGAGGAAAAACAUCAGCUACACAUCAUUCACACAUAGCUUUUUUGUUUAUACAUUUUGUAGAGCAUUAAGCUCAUUUUGAUCAAAGUGAUAUGAAAGUUUCUCCAACAGGAUGAAAAAAAUUAAAAAGUUAAUUGUGACUUUUAAUCCCACAAUUCUGAGGAAAAAAACAGAACUGCAAGAUAUAAACACAUAAUUUUGACUUUUUUUUCUCAAGUUUACAUUGAGAUAAAAGUCAGUAUUGUAAGAUAAAAAGUCUCACAAUUACCUUUUAUUUUUAUUCUAUAGUGGAAAAAAAAAACAAUUUUUUUAAACAAAAAACAAAAAAACAACUGAAUUGUGAGAUUAAAAAAAAGAUACCAAUUACCAUUUUAAUUUUUUUAUCCUGUGGUGGAAGCUUUCAUAAUGUAAACAAAGGAUGGUGUGAAAAAUACAAUCAGAACAACAGAACAUUUAAAGUGAGUGCACUGCAAAUAUGUUUUAGGGGUCAGGGAAAUAUAUAUAAUAUAAUUUUGGCUUGAUGCACAAAACAAUGUUCUGAAUUUUAAUAAUUGUCAGAUAUAUUUUACUGUGCUGUUGCUGGAAAACUGAGAUAUACUGAGAAUCAUUUUGGAAUUGGAUUGUGACUCCCUAAAUUGAAAUCAAAUUGAAUCAGAAAAAAUGACUAAAGAUUCAGAUUCCUAAUAUUUAGUAUAGGCCUAAUAUUAUCACGAAGACGGUCCGUAAAACAAGCGUAAUGUUAGAUAGUGAUUGCAGAGACCUAGGCCUACUUAGUUUAUAGGUGUAUUUCACCAGACAUACCAUAAGGUAAUACAUCUCUAAACAGUUUCGCUAACAUAAUGUUUUAAUUACUUUAUUACUGCUAACGAGCUAACUGGGAUAGCUAGGUUUAAUUUCCAAUCGAUCUCACUUUCCAGAGAACAUUACUGACUAAAGGGAAUUAUUACAACUUCAUAUAUAUAUAUAUAUAUAUAUAUAAUUGAGUUUUAGGAUAUAGUCAACGUUUCAGUACACAAUACUUAAUGUUAUGAGAGUUAUAUACAUAAAAAAAACCCGAUAUGACUUACGCCUACCUUUCAUAAUCAGGCUGCAGCAGCUUCUUUCAGUUGACUGUCACUGGACCGUUAAAAUUUGAAUAGUCGUUGCGGGAUUCGGCGGGAAUCGUAUUUAACCCAACAGCUUGGUUACUACUAAAAAUAACCAAACGAUUUAAAAAUUACCCAACAUUUUUGGGAAAUAAAUAACCCAACACAGUAACCCAAUAGCCUAUUUGUAACCCGUUAACGGUUGGGUUAAAAAAAACCAACGUUUUUUGCUGUGUACUUUAUCCAUCUAACCAUCCAAUACUAAACCUAAAUCAAUACAUUCACUGCAUUACAGUGAAAAUUAACACAUAUAUAAUCACUCUGUACAUGUUUAAAAAGCCUUGCACAAGAGUUUAAAAAAAUCCUUUGGGGUCCCAAACAAAAAACAAUUCGGCCAUACCACAUAGAAAUCUGUGGGCUGAGUUUUCCCUUAGGAUUAUAAACUGAAAGUUGCGAAAGGUUUUUCCAGAUGCAGAUGUUUGAAUGGAAGCAUUCCCUGAGAGGACAUUGUUCUUGUAACACUAGUCUGUCUUUGUAUUAGUGUUUUAUUUUAUUAUUAUUAUUAUUAUUAUUAUUAUUAUUAUUUGAAUGGUACAACGGGGCUAAAGGCGCACUAGGCUAAAAGGCGCAUUUGACUUUAUCCUCUUUUAAACCACUAGAUGGCACAAAAAUUUAACAACCCGCUUUUCAUGAUGCAUGUGGAAAUUAGGCUGAUUAUUGACCAAGCGUGCCACACGAGUCCUGAAAGGGUUAGUUCACCCAAAAAUGACAUUUCUGUCAUUAAUUACUCACCCUCAUGUCUGUCCAAACCCGUAAGACCUUCGUUCAUCUUCGGAACACAAAUUAAGAUAUUUUUGAUGAAAUCCGAGAAGUUUUUUUUUUUUUUUUAAUCUCCCAUAGAAAGCAACGAAAUUACCACAUUCAAGGUACAGACAAGUAGUAAAGACAUCGUUAAAAUAGUCAACGUGACUACAGUUGUUCAACCUUAAUAUUAUGAAGCGACGAGAAUUCCCUUUUGUGUGCGAAAACAAAAAUAAUGACUUUAUUCAACAAUUUUUCCCCUUCCCUGUCAGUCUUUUACGCAGUUGACACAGUGAACGCAGUGCAGAGCUUCCGUGUUUACGUCUGAACGCCGGCUCAGUAUUGGUCGACGCUGUUAAUGCACCACGACGCAUGCGUGUGAUGCUGACGCAUAGUCGCCGUUCUGCCGUAGAACACAUGGGGCCUCCAAAUGUCUAGAACCAGCCCUGCAUGGUAGCUACUAAAGAAAAAUAAAAACUAUAAUGUUCAAAUAUCA